CUGAAAUUGUGAGCAAAACGUUUUGCUUUGGACAUUUUCAGAUGAUGGAAAUAACUGUCAUCAGUGUGCACUUUUGGUGCCCAAAGAAUAACUUGACGAUUUUACACAGGGGCCACAUUGGAGUCAACAACUGUAAUAAAUAUUCCCUACGCUAAACUACACCACUGUGACACCAGAGUAUCUUCGUAACACUUGAGGAUUGCGCUCGAAUCGAUCGAUGCAGCCCGGUGAUUCACAUUUCGCCUCAUCUGAUAAAGUUGGGAACGCAUUUUCCCAAACCCAUUUUUCAAACCCGAUAUUCACUUUUGACGCUCAAUCAGGAUCCAGCAGAACAUCCAGUUAUUUUCCUGGCCCACAACACUGUUUGCAAGUACAAGACUUCCGAGGCUCCAGCAUGGUGAGCGAAGUGUGUGAUCAACCCCAGCAGCCCUUACUUGAAUACAGAAUUCAACCAGCAUUAAUGGAGCAUAUCAACUAUCCGGAAUACUUAUCUUCUGGUAGCAGUGCCGCCGCCGCGGCUGCAGCGGCUGCUGCAGCCGCAACGGCGUUCACCGCUGCAGUUCUGGCAACAGAGGACGUCUCUAAUGCAUGCCUACCUUAUUAUGAACAUCCUCAUCAAAUAAUCGAUCAUCAGAACGUCAACGGAUCUGAAUUAUGUUCCACUGCGGAAACGUUAGUACCCAUAACGGAUGGGCAACCGAUGAAUAAUUCCACGGACCCUAUGAUUGAAAUUCGUCCAAUCACUUCAUUAGAGGAUGCAUCUGGACAACGAGACGCCAGCCCGUUCAUACUGAGUUCUGCGUCACAAUGCCUGAUUUGUGGGGAUCGAGCCACUGGUAAGCACUACGGGGCCUAUUCCUGUGACGGUUGCAAAGGAUUCUUUCGACGUUCGGUAAGGCGGAAUCAUUCGUACACGUGUCGCCACAAACGCGCCUGUGUGAUAACCAAAGAUAAACGCAAUCAGUGCCGCUUUUGCAGAUUGCGCAAAUGUUUUCGUGUUGGGAUGAAAAAAGCUGCGGUUCAAAAUGAACGCGAUAAAAUCAGCAACCGACCAAUGUUUUUGGAUUCAGCCACUUCAGGACACUCAUUUCUAGAUUUGAGACAAUUAAUGCAAGCUGAAGCAUGUGCAAACUAUGCAAUUCAAAAAAGUCCCUCCAAUCCUGUGAAUCGGUCAGCCCUUGGUCAGUGUUCCGAAUGGCGUUCAAAUACCAUUCCGUCAGAUAACAGAGAUGAUGAGGAUCGCUUAGCUGAUGUGGCAGAUAUAUGUGAUUCGAUCAAGACCCAGUUGUUCUUCCUCAUCGAAUGGGCCAAGAACCUACCUAGUUUUGGAAAGUUGACCAUGAACGACCAGGUUGCCCUACUACGAUCCCAUGCAGGUGAAAUGCUUAUCUUGGGAGCAGUUUGGAGAUCCCUUUCUUCCGCACUUCCAACAGCAUCUCAGAAACGUGUCAAUGAGGCUUCCCACAAACCAACUGGUGAGAAAGCGGAUACUGACAAACUAGAAUGGGUUUCUUCCGAUAGGAACAUGUCCAAUCACCUCCAGGCAUCACGGACGUGCACUGGUAUGCUGAAUCAAACACCAUCGAGUAGAGCCGACGAGAGAGAAAGUUCUUUGGACGAUCCACAGUUGAUCCUGUUAGGCAACAGUCGUAUUAUUUCGAGAAACAACCCGCAACCUGAGAUCGCAGACAUUGCUAGACGCAUACUUGAUCAGCUAUAUCAACCAAUGCAGGACCUUUGUUUGGAAGAAGCUGAAAUCGCUUGCCUUCGUGCAAUAAUAUUUUUUGACCCCAAUUGCCCAAACUUGACCGAAAGUGGACGAAGUAUGGUACGAACGUGUCAGUAUCAGAUACAAACCGAACUUAUGCACAUGAUGAACGACAAACUUUAUCUACCUCAGGGGCGCUUCGGUGCCCUCUUACUACUGCUGCCAGACCUGCGGUCAAUUACCCACCGAAUGGUUCACAAACUGCAACUUGCCAAGCAAAUGGGGCUCGCUUGGUUAGAUGGACUAUUAUCUGACAUUUUGUUGAGCGGUAACACUGCAAGCAGCUCGGAACAGAAGAGCCCUCCGGAUUUUCAGCCAUCUCAACCCACGGCCCCGGUCGAAUUUAGGCGUGGAACGCAAGUCAAGUGUAUUCCAACAGAUGGCACACUGGCGAAUCCCUACUUAUCACCAAAAGGGUAUCCAUCAACCGCAUAUUCGUCCAAAUGCUCACUAGCCAACUACAUAGAGGAUGUAACUUCAACCUCACGAGAAGAAUCAGCUAGCAGAAGUAUACCCCAGAGUUCAAAUGAGCGGGUUGUCGCAUCAGGUCACCUAAGCGAAACGGCAACGUUUCUCCCACGUGGAUGCCGAAGUCCAAGCACACCAGCUUUUAGGGCUUUGAAACCCGAUUCGGAAAUAUAUCCGUUCAUUUCAAUAGCCGAUGGGAUGGCGAGCCGUGGUCAAUCCAUUUGGACUGAAUUGUCAGCUGGAAGAAACAUUGCUGACGCGACCAUAUUUGAUUACUGUCGCCAGCCGAUAUUUGGAGGUGAAAGCCGUUCGACUGGAUUGAAUGAAAUACAUCAAGACGAGUUCACCAGCUCAACCUCGGCUUCUACUCAAUCGAUAGCCGAUAAUCCAGCAGUAUCUGGGCCCUCAAUAUACAAUGAGGCUUACUAUGUGCCGUAUACCAGUAUUGCUUCAUCAUCCAAAUUGUAUACAGAAAUUGGCCAGUCCCCUAUCGUGACAACUGCCUCCCACCGAAUGAACUUGGUGCCACAACUUGUGGGCAAUGUGCUAUCCAGUAUGAUGGUUGGUGAAUCAAAUCAAGAAGAAGAAACUUAUCGUUUUUAUUCCGACACAUGAUGUGGCUCGAGACGAGCAACAUUCCACACGAAGAUGCAUACAAAAAAACUAAAAAUUCACAUAUACGCAGUAAACCCACGAAUCAGGUUGUCGAAUUCGCUUAUCUUUCUUAGAUUCUUUCUCUUAGAUUCAUCUUUGUGAUCACAUUUUCGUAUUCUAUACCUCGAAUUGCAUAUCAAAUCAUGCUUGUGGCACCCACUUUGUUUUGCGCAACCUCAGCAUAUCAGUGAGUCAG